AUGGAGCUGUUGAAUAUCUGCUCUGGACGUGUCACUUUUAACAAUCAGCGCAGUUACCUGAAGGCUGUGUGUGCAGCAUUUGUGGAGAUCAAAACCCCCAAGUUUACAAAGAAGGUUCAGAUUGACCCGUAUCUGGAAGACUCAAUGUGUCAAGUUUGCCUUCGCCAACCUGGGCCUUUCUUCUGCAGAGACCAGGCCUGCUUCAAGUACUACUGCCGCUCUUGCUGGCACUGGCAGCACUCCAUGGACAUCUUAAGCAACCACCGGCCCCUCAUGCGCAACCAGAAGAACAGGGACUCCAGCUAGAGCAGAUGGAUCCAAAUACUCUGAAGGGCCAGAGGAAGGCACCUCUAGAAGGGGCGCAGCUGCCCGCCAAGGAGAGCACGUGUGCCAGAUGUCCCUCAGUAUGAGGGCACCAUGGCACUCCACCAGGCACUGGGGAUAUCACUGUAGAAAAUGUUCACUUUUGCACUUGCUACAUUUUUGCUGUUGUUCACAGUGGCACUAUGCACAGUGACCUUGUUGGGAAAGACAAGGGGCCCUUCACACUUAUGCAUUUUCCCAGACUUGUGGUCAGACAGAAAGUUGGGUGUCAGCCUAAGGUUAAGAAGUGGAUGAAAAUGCCAUUUCUUUUUUCUUUUUGUUUACAUGCGUUGCAUAGUGAAGAGCAAUCACGCAAGUCUCAUUGCCGUUCAUUGGCAAAUGCCAUACAGUGCCUUUAAAUUUUUAUUAUUUUUUUUUUCCCCCCCCCCCUGCUCCCUCCCUCCCUCCUUCUACCCCCAGUUGGCAUCUGUUUUUCCUGUGCAAGCCAACUGGUGUUUCUUACUUUUGGGAGUUGAAUGUUGGGCUUCAUUUAACCAGUCGCAUUUCAGACAUUUUUACGCAGUUUUUUACUAAUUUGUACACAAACGGUUUUAAGUCAUGACAUGAACAUUUUGAACAGAAUUCUACCAGGCGGCUGUUUAUGGGAAUACCCCCCCUUUUUUUUAUUUUUUCAUUUUUCUCAUAAAUUUUUCUGUGGCAAUUUCUUUUUAAUUUGCCCUCCCAAAUUUCAACUGAAUGGGCACAAAAUGUUGGAAGUACUACUUUAACUUGCUUUGUUGGUCCAGUUAUAUUAAAUGUAUGUAACUAUAGUACUGGAUAUGCUUCAACUGGGCAAUCCAUCAUUUCUCAAGCACCUGAUGGAUCCUGUUGAGACCAGAGUGAAUGAAUAUUUGAGUGUACAUAGUUUUGUUUUUUGCACUUUUUAAUUUGCACGUGUGGAGGUGGCAGUGGUUUUUAAUCACUUUUGUACAUCAGCAGGGGGACACGCCUAUGUUAGAACAGCUGCUUGUUUCCUGUUGAAUGUAAGAACUUCACUUAGCUGAUAAAUGUAAUCUAUCCAGAGCUUGAGUAGACCAAGUAAAUGAUUCCACGCUUUCUUAUCCCAGUUUGCCUUCCUGUUCCAGUUGGACAUAAAUGCAUAAUAAGCUGUGUGCCAAAGACGAAGUGUCUUUUCUUUAUCAAUUAGGUUAGUCAUGCGGAGCUUGUUGUCCCUUAGCCCAGCUGCUUUUUAGAGUUUUGAAAGUCUACCUCAUUGUGGUCUGCCAAGUUUGCUGCUACUUACAGUUGUGGUGUAUGUUCAGAUUGGGCACAAUAAAGGUGUUGCAGCAUUA